AUGACUGCCAAGCGGAAAGCUGGCAAAGGAGUUUUGGGCUGCUGCUCCCUGCGAUGGGCGACGGGGCUUCUGGCAGCUGGGAGCUUGUGGAUGAUGGUCUGGAUCUCCAUGCAUUGGAGGCUGUUCGGGACCACCGCGGGCCCGAGCUCCGAUCUCCCCGACAAGUCCCAAGAGGAUUCCAAGCCGGAGACUACACCCACCCAGCUUGUGCUCGACGAGGUGCCUGCUACACAGCAAGAUGCAGGCCAGGACGGCAACGGCCACAAAGAAGUACCUCCUUCUGUCACGAAGCCGAGAUUGCCGCGCCCUGGCAAAGGAAGUGCAGUCAAAGAUGGAGGCAAAGAGCUAAAGGGUGGCAGCUGCCCACAGAAGCCGCGCCGCAAGGAGAAGUGGGGCGAAGUCGUCAAAGAAGACAUGAAGAUCAUCAAGGGCGGCUCUGCCACAGUCGCCACAAGCUGCCAUCGGGCAGGGGGCGCGUUGGUCUUUGAGUUGCGGCUGCAAGAGGCCAAGCGGAUAGCAGGUCACGCCUACGAGAUGCCCCUCCCGGACUACAUCGUGGCUGACGAGCCUGGGCAGCCUGGAUUCGAGAGGCGUUCCACUCUCCAGCUGUUGGCGGUCCUUGCAGGAAAGGUCUCAGUAUUGGGGCCUGCGCACGCCGACCUGGAGAGCAUCCAGAAGGCGGGCGGCGGCGCUUUCGCCCACUGGCGCGAGCCACUCUCGGAGGGCCCCUUUGGCACCAGCAAGCUACGCUUCUCCACUCCGGGCAAUGUGGAUCUGACAAAGAUCUCACAGUUGCGGGCUGUGGUUUUCCCCCUGUCCCCGCGCAUGGGCUUUGUGGAGUUCGUGCACAAGCCUAACAAGAAGGCCAAGGACUACGAUCCGACCAAGAGGCGCAGGAGGAAGGAGAUCCAUCGAGAGCUCUUCUUCCAGACCUUCCCCACGGUGGGUGUGGAGCCACACCUUGCAGACAGGCCCCAGGACACUCUUCCUGGGGUCGCCUACCUGUGGCGAGCGAGUCACCACGACGAGUUCAACCUGGACCUCCUCCCCGGGGAGGUCUUCGAGAAGCGCAUGCCCUAUGCCUUCGCCGAGUUCUUCGGCAGCUUCGAGGAGACGGGCGCCGUGCUCUACCCACCCCCUGCCUGCUACAAGUACUACGAGAACAAGGUGGCCCUCACCGAGCUCUUCCAGGGCGCUCGCGUGCAGAUGCCAAUGACCUGGGUAUUCCGCGACCUGGCUGAUGCCAUGGCCCGCAAAGAGGAAGUGCAGCUGCCCGUGGUCAUCAAGGAUCCGUACGGUUACUCCAGUAUUGGCUUGCUGCAGGCAGAGACGCUGUCCGAGCUGACACAGGCUUUGAAGGAGUUCUUCUCCAAGGCCAAGCCUGGGGUGGAGGCCCUGGUGCAGAAAAAGGUCCAAGCCCUCCGAGAGGCACGCGUCACAUACGUGGACGGCCGCCCUUUUCAUGGCUACUGGCGCAUCCGGCAAAGCCUCAAAAGUGCAUCGGCAGCCUCGACACGGGGGGGCUACCAGGAUUUCAACUUCCCCCUGUCGGAGCUGGCCCCAUUUGUGGCGCGCUUCGCCAACCAGACUGGAAUCCCAGUCGGAGGCGUGGACCUCAUCUGGCAGGAGAAGAACCCGGAUCUUCAGAAGGAGCCGUUCACUUUGGAGGUCUCUCCCACCAGCGACAUCAACCCGCCAAGCCCACCCGACUGGAAAGAGGGCUAUGCAGAGUUCAAGCACACCAAGGGCUUUCGCAAUGCCUACAUCGGCAUCCGCCGCAAAUGGGCCGAGGCCAUGGCCUUGGCAGUUGUGGAUCGGCACCGUCGGAGCAAGCGACAUCUCUUCAUCGGCAUGCCGGCUUUGUGGCAUGGGAAUGAGAAGGACGAGGUGUCCUUGGCACCAUCCGCGGCAGCUGCAUUGCGACAGCUGCAGAGGAGCUUCUUCAUCCGCAUCCUGGCAGUUCCCGAAGACCAGCCCCAGGACCCGCUGAACUCAACGCUGCGCCUGCUGGCCGCCGCUGGAGUCGAGUACGAUGACAUGACGCUCUUGAGGCUUCCCGAGCAUAGGACUCACUACCUUGGGAAGGAGGCGUUGCUCCUCGACAUCUUAGACAAGCCGAGCGCCCGUACACUGCAGGAUCUCGGCGUGCCCUUCAUCAACUUGCUCGAGCACAGCUGGGAGCAG